GGUGCCGGAAUCUUCACCUCGGCUGGCAUUCAGGACUUUCGCACACUGGAUACGGGCCUCUACUACUCGAACCUCCAAACGCUAAACCUCCCUCACCCGGAGGCCGUCUUGCAUACAAGCUUCUUCCGCACCAAUCCCCAACCUGUCUACAAUCUCGCGAAAUCCCUGCACCCCGGCCAAUUCACCCCGACCGUAACACACGCCUUCAUAUCGCUAACGGCAAAGAAGAACUUGCUUCACAAGUGCUUCACCCAAAACAUAGACAUGCUGGAACACGCCGUGGGGGUUCUGCCGCAUAAGCUCAUUGAAGCCCAUGGCUCGUUCGCGGGGCAGUCAUGCAUAGAUUGUCACACCGAGUACCCGGCCGAUAGGAUGAGGAAGCACCUUCUUGCCGGAAGUAUGCCCCAGUGGGAGACUUGCACCCGGUUGGUGAAGCCGAAUAUUGUAUUCUUUGGGGAGAGCUUGCCGAGGGAGUUUCACAUAGGGCUUAGAAUGGUUGAAGAGGCAGACUUAGUGAUCAUGAUGGGGAGCUCAUUAAGUGGUGACCCGUUUGUGGAAUUUCCAGGACAGGCGAGAGAGGGGGCGGUCAGGGUUUUAAUCAACAAUGAGAGGGCUGGGGGGAUUGGUGGCCGGGUGGGCAGUGUGCAUUUGCUAGGCGGGUGCGAUCAGGGGGUGAGAAGGCUGGCGGAGGAGCUGGGGUGGACGGCGGAGCUGGAGGAAGUUUGGAGG